UCUGGGCUCGGGAAGGGCCCCUGCCUCCUCCCGCCAGGCACUUAUCUCUACCCAGGCUGAGUGCUGGCCCCGCCCCCUCGGGGAUCUGCCACUUAGAGGCGCCUGGUCGGGAAGGGCCUGGUCAGCUGCGUCCGGCGGAGGCAGCUGCUGACCCAGCUGUGGACUGUGCCAGGGGUGGGGGACGGAGGGGCAGGAGCCCUGGGCUUCCCGUGGCGGGGGCUGUAUCAUGGACCACCUCGGGGCGUCCCUCUGGCCCCAGGUCGGCUCCCUUUGUCUCCUGCUCGCUGGGGCCGCCUGGGCGCCCCCGCCCAACCUCCCGGACCCCAAGUUCGAGAGCAAAGCGGCCUUGCUGGCUGCCCGCGGGCCCGAAGAGCUUCUGUGCUUCACUGAGCGGUUGGAGGACUUGGUGUGUUUCUGGGAGGAAGCGGCGAGCGCUGGGGUGGGCCCGGGAAACUACAGCUUCUCCUACCAGCUCGAGGAUGAGCCAUGGAAGCUGUGUCGCCUGCACCAGGCUCCCACGGCUCGUGGUGCGGUGCGCUUCUGGUGUUCGCUGCCUACAGCCGACACGUCGAGCUUCGUGCCCCUAGAGUUACGCGUCACAGCAGCCUCCGGCGCUCCGCGAUAUCACCGUGUCAUCCACAUCAAUGAAGUAGUGCUCCUGGACGCCCCCGUGGGGCUGGUGGCGCGGUUGGCUGACGAGAGCGGCCACGUAGUGUUGCGCUGGCUCCCGCCGCCUGAGACACCCAUGACGUCCCACAUCCGCUACGAGGUGGACGUCUCUGCCGGCAACGGCGCAGGGAGCAUGCAGAGGGUGGAGAUCCUGGAGGGUCGCACCGAGUGUGUGCUGAGCAACCUGCGGGGCCGGACGCGCUACACCUUCGCCGUCCGCGCGCGUAUGGCUGAGCCGAGCUUCGGCGGCUUCUGGAGCGCCUGGUCGGAGCCUGUGUCGCUGCUGACGCCUAGUGACCUGGACCGCCUUAUCCUGACGCUCUCCCUCAUUCUCGUGCUCAUCCUGGUGCUGCUGACCGUGCUCGCGCUGCUCUCCCACCGCCGGGCUCUGAAGCAGAAGAUCUGGCCUGGCAUCCCGAGCCCAGAGAGCGAGUUUGAAGGCCUCUUCACCACCCACAAGGGUAACUUCCAGCUGUGGCUGUACCAGAAUGAUGGCUGCCUGUGGUGGAGCCCCUGCACCCCCUUCACAGAGGACCCACCUGCUUCCCUGGAAGUCCUCUCAGAGCGCUGCUGGGGGACGACGAUGCAGGCAGUGGAGCUGGGGACAGAUGAUGAGGGCCCCCUGCUGGAGCCGGUGGGCAGUGAGCAUGCCCAGGAUACCUAUCUGGUGCUGGACAAAUGGUUGCUGCCCCAGAACCCGCCCAGUGAGGACCUCCCAGGGCCUGGUGGCAGUGUGGACUUAGUGGCCAUGGAUGAAGGCUCAGAAGCAUCCUCCUGCUCAUCUGCUUUGGCCUCGAAGCCCAGCCCAGAGGGAGCCUCUGCUGCCAGCUUUGAGUACACUAUCCUGGACCCCAGCUCCCAGCUCUUGCGUCCAUGGACACUGUGCCCUGAGCUGCCCCCUACCCCACCCCACCUAAAGUACCUGUACCUUGUGGUAUCUGACUCUGGCAUCUCAACUGACUACAGCUCAGGGGACUCCCAGGGAGCCCAAGGGGGCUUAUCCGAUGGCCCCUACCCCAACCCUUAUGAGAACAGCCUUAUUCCAGCCACUGAGCCUCUGCCCCCCAGCUAUAUGGCUUGCUCUUAGGACACCAGGCUGCAGAUGAUCAGGGAUCCAAUAUGACUCAGAGAACCAGUGCAGACUCAAGACUUACUGAACAUGGAUGGCGAGGCCUCUCUCAGGAGCAGGGGCAUUGCUGAUUUUGUCUGCCCAAUCCAUCCUGCUCAGGAAAUCACAACCUUGCAGUAUUUUUAAAUAUGUAUAGUUUUUUUUGUAUCUAUAUAUAUAUAUAUACACACAUAUGUAUGUAAGUUUUUCUACCAUGAUUUCUACAAACACCCUGUAAGUCCCAUCUUCCCCUGGGCAUAGGCCAUAGGGGUAGAAGUUAAAAUUCUUGAGCUUAUUCAGAAGCUGGAUCUGCAAUCUGAAUGCUAUUCAUAACAUAACAAAAUAGUAUGUUAAACAGCUCUUAAAUCUUAGUGGCUUACCACAUUAAAUGAUUUCUCUCUCCUAACUCAGCUCAAAUGGGCAGCCAUCUAUGGGAUGAGUCAGAGGUUCAGACUCUUCCAGUCUGUAGCUCUACCUUCUCUUAGGUACUUAGAUGGAUCCCCUAUUCUACAAACUGCCAGUCAGCAAGGGAAGAAAAAGGGCAGCAAUGACCCUCAAUGGGCCAUUUGAGGGAUCUGGCCUGGAAAUGUGCUUCCUCUCUUCUUCUCACACCUCAUUGGCUGGAAACAGUCACAUGACCCCAGUCACAUGAAAGGCCGGUGUUUAGCUGUACACCCAGGAAGAACAAAGCUGUUUAAGGGCCUCUAGCUAGUCUCUGCCACUAAUAAUAAUAACAACAAUAAUUCUGAAUCAGG